AUGAAGGAAAAGUCAAAGAAUGCUGCGAAGACGAGACGGGAAAAAGAAAAUGGAGAAUUUUAUGAACUGGCGAAAUUAUUGCCAUUGCCCUCAGCGAUCACCUCGCAGCUGGACAAGGCUUCAAUCAUCCGUCUAACAACCAGCUACCUGAAGAUGAGGGCCGUGUUUCCUGAGGGUCUGGGAGAGGCAUGGGGGCAGCCCUCCCGGAUCAGCCCAUUGGAUAACAUGGCCAAAGAACUGGGAUCCCAUCUGCUUCAGACUCUGGACGGCUUUGUGUUUGUUGUCGCCUCGGAUGGAAAAAUCAUGUACAUCUCAGAGACAGCGUCUGUUCACCUGGGGCUAUCACAGGUGGAGCUGACUGGGAACAGCAUCUUUGAGUACAUCCACCCAUCGGACCAUGACGAGAUGACAGCAGUGCUGACGGCCCAUCAGCCCCUCCACCCCCACUUCCUGCAAGAGUACGAGAUGGAGCGCUCCUUCUUCCUGAGGAUGAAGUGCGUACUGGCCAAGCGCAACGCCGGACUCACAUGCGGGGGCUAUAAGGUGAUCCACUGCAGCGGGUACCUGAAGAUCCGGCAGUACGUCAUGGACAUGGCUCUGUAUGACUCCUGCUACCAGAUUGUGGGGCUGGUGGCAGUGGGCCAUUCACUGCCCCCUAGUGGCAUCACCGAGAUCAAGCUGCACAGCAACAUGUUCAUGUUCCGCGCCAGCCUGGACCUUAAGCUCAUCUUCCUCGACUCUCGGGUGGCUGAGCUGACGGGUUACGAGCCGCAGGAUCUGAUAGAGAAGACCCUGUACCACCAUGUCCACGGCUGUGAUGUGUUCCACCUGAGAUACGCCCAUCAUCUGUUGCUGGUGAAAGGCCAGGUCACCACAAAGUACUACCGGCUGCUGUCCAAGCACGGGGGCUGGGUGUGGGUGCAGAGCUACGCCACCAUUGUGCACAACAGCCGCUCCUCGCGCCCCCACUGCAUCGUCAGCGUCAACUACGUCCUGACGGAGAUUGAGUACAAAGACCUGCAGCUCUCCCAAGACCAGAGCAGAACUGCCAAGCCUGGCCUCGCCUUCAAGACCACACUCACUUCCUCUCAGGACUCCCGCAAACAACUCAAAGCCAAAGCAGUCAAGAUCAAAACCAAACCCAAAAUGGCCCCCUACCCCCAGCCAAACAACGCGUUUAAUCCGGACAAAAUGGAUUGUGCCUCGCAGGCAGGGACCUGGAAAGAAAGCCCCCCAUUCGGUCUGACACCCUGCCAGGAGACGGGCGGGGCGCCCGAGGGGGGCGAGGUCCUGUGUGAGGUGCCUUACGGGCUGUCCUUCCCCUUCCCGUACGGACCCUUCCCCACGGACGCCCCCACGCUGGCAGGCAGGAAGCUGCGGCCUGCCCAGGGCUCGCCGUGCCAGGCUGCACGCCAGCUCCUCAGCUCCCUGCAGGCCCGGGGCGAAGGCCACUGGAGCUGCAGCAGCCCCUGCUCCGUCCGCCCCGCCAAGACCCUGCCCAGCCAGGUAUCUGCUAUAUCGUUCAGUCCAUUUUCCCCCCCACUUCGCGUAGCCAGCCGAGCACUUGUCCCUUUCUAACGUAGCGUUUCAUUUCCGAUGGCAGGGCCCGCAGCGAGCAGGAGGUACGCAGGUGGCGAUGCGGCGCAUGAGGGAUUCUCCAGCUGCUCGACCCCCAGACCCAACAGCAGGUUGAAGGAAGAGCCUUACGAACAUCACCCGGUCGGACAGGCCAAGGCAGAGGGCAGGCUGCAGGCUCCACAGCAGACCCCGAAAGAAGACACCAAGAUGCAGUUCAUCCGAGACCCCAAACACCUCCUGGGCUGCAGGGAGAAGCCCCUCGCAGGGCCCCUGGGAAGCCCCGCCCUGAGCAAAGCCAGCUGCGACCACCCGCGGCCCCUCCACGGCCUCGGCCAGCACUUGCCCAUGCAGGUGGUGCUGGAGCAGAGGAGGAGAUUGUGCAUGAUGGAGGCCCCGCACACAGCCCACCUGGCGGAGCAGCCCGGCCUGGGGCAGUCCGACGGCCUGGAGCACGGAGGGGAGGAGGAGCAGAGGGCGCCGUACGUCUCCCUCAACUUUCACCACGUCCUGGCCAAGCACGGAUCCUUCCAGGCCCCGCCCUACACCCUGGCAGGACACCUGACGGACAGCUACGGCUACAGGGGGGCGGAGACGAACCCUUACCUCUACAAGAACCAAAGCCCCGCCUCCAGCUCCUCUCCAGAGAUGCACAGGGAAAUCCCGCACUACAUUGGCACGUCCGUCAUUAUAACCAACGAGAGGUGACACACUACAGGCCCAGAGAGGGUGGGCAGAACUCGCCUGGCUCCGCCCCUCCACCAUGCCCUGGGACUUAAUGCUUAAUUAUUUUCAGUACAAUGUCAGAAGCCAUUACUACUAAGAUGUAAGAUGAGACUUUUUUCAGCCACAGCCCUCACAUACACAUGUCAACAUUAGUUGCUGAUGGAUCUUUUUUGCACAGAGUAAUAGGUUCACCAACAUCAAGACUCCUCAGAUGGGGAAGAAACAGUAAUUUCAGGUUUAUUGCCUGAGCAUUUUAUACAUAUUUUUUGCAAGCCAUUUUAACAAUUAGUAUAUCUAAUGUAUUGCAAUGCCCUAGUUCUAACCGUAAUUUUUUCUUAGAAAGUCAGUGCUUAUGAAAAAAACAUUCUUAUGAGAGCUCACUGUAUCUUCAUCUUCAAUCUGGCCUGAAAAUGUUGAAACUGUUUAUACAACAUUGUUGUAUUCAUUCCAAGGUGUUAUGUGAAUGCUAGUGUUGUCCUAACUUCUGUUGCUUAUGUUGUAAUCAGCUCAAUCCUUCAGCAUUUUAAGUAAACUACAGUUUGUAUCUCAAUUUAAUACCCGUGCCCUAUAGGAACUGCACAGGUGUAAAUCUAUACAGCUUAGCAGGCAUACAUACAACUCCAAGAAUCAAGUUUGACCCCCCUGAUUUAUACUCAUCAGCUGCUUGCAAUAAAAAAGUCCAACUCAAAGCUUCA